AUGGAAUGGCCACUGCUGGAGGAACUCACUCUCCUAUGCAUGCUCGACCACGAUAAGGGCAUCGAGACCAACGGAAAGACUGCGGAGAAUCUCGUCAAAUUCUCGGUUUGGAUGCAACAGCAGAUUGAGAACUAUAAGCAGGGGACUAACAAGUUUGUAGACAAAAACAAGCGCUUGGAGGAGAAGAGCGCAGAACAAAGACUUGAGCGUAUCAAAGAAAUCAUGGCCAUACUCUCUUCAUCGCCAUAUGCUAUCUUGGCAAAGGCAGUUGAUAAGCUCUUCUCGGUAGCACCAGCCAUUUUCAGCGGCGAGACACACCCUUUGCACAUUCUCAUGGAGGACAACGUGCUCGCCGAAUUCUACGACGCAAUCUCAAUGGACUCGGCAGAUCUUCUCAAGCUCUGUGCCAACACAAACCCGCACAUGCGUAUCCUCGAGGUCGGCGCCGGCACAGGAGGAACAACAGCUCGUGUUCUGCGUGCACUUACGUCUUCGUACGGAGAAUGCCUCUAUCGUGUCUACACGUACAUCGACGUAUCAGCCGGGUUUAUACCUGCUGCUAAGCAAAGAUUUGCUAGCCAUGAGAAAAUUGAGUAUGCCGUGUUGGAUGUUGCAGCAGACCCAGCUCAGCAAGGCUUCCAGCCGGGCAGCUACGAUUUGAUUAUCGCCGCGAACGUUAUCCAUGCCACCACAUACUUGAAUGAGGCUCUCGAAAACAUGCGUAACCUUCUCAGGCCGGGGGGGGGGGGGGGGGGGGCGGCUAUUCUUAGAAGAACUCUCAUACUACAUAUUCGUCUGUUGCACUUACAGAACAUGAAUGGUAAUCUCAAUCUUGUUCAGGGAUUCCUCCAUGGCUGGUGGCUCGGGGCCCAAGACAACCGCGUGGAUCAGCCGUACGUUUCGCCGGAAAGGUGGACCAAGGAGUUGCUUCAUGCCGGCUUUUCGAAGCCUGAAGUUAUCGUCCUUGAUGAUUCAGCGCCAUAUCAUGUCAACACUGGCAUUUUAGUCAGCCGUGAGAGUCGACACGCUAGUCUAUUGGCAGUCAGCGUACUGUGCUACUCUCCUAAUAGUCUAUACGUUUCUGAGAUGCAUCAAUGCCUAGAGUCUCUCGAUGUAGCUGUCAAUAUCUGUCAUUUCAGACAAGAGUUACCCGCUCACAACGAUAUUAUUUCACUAUUAGACCUCGAGGUACCUGUACUCCACGAAAUGACGGAGGAGACUUUCGACACUAUCAAGGAGUAUUUGUCCUCGCACAAGGCCAAGAUUCUCGGGGUGACACCCGCUUCGCAGGUGGGCGACGUAAAAGAUCCACGGGCAGCUAUGGUACUUGGUCUCGCCAGGACUGUACGGAACGAGCGAUCCCUCCCAUUCUUUACAAUCGAAGUGGACGAGACAACGACAUCGGGCCGCAGGAUCCUACAGCACGCCGGGUCAGAGCAGCUGAACAAUCGUGAAUCCAUUGACCCCGACUACGAGUAUGCCAUCAUCAAGGGGGAGGCACAUCACCAUGAAGAUGCUGGGCCUGCUACAUACGAUGACUUGGAGCAAAGGUGGAAGCAGCCGUUCCCCGCCGAGGGUGACAUUGUUGUUGAGACUCGGGCUGUCGGACUAAACUUCCGGGACUUUCUUAUUGCCUUGGGUAUCAUUGGAAACAGCCCCAGCGAGAUGGGAUUCGAGGGAAGCGGCGUUGUCCGAGCUGUAGGGCCUGGGGUCUUUCGCUUCUCCGUCGGCGGUGAUGUCAUGUAUCUCGGAAGCGGGUGCUUCAAGACAAUCCACACAGUGAAUGCGGCGUUGUGCGUUAAAAUGGACGACUCGAUGUCUUUCGAGCAAGGCGCAGCAUUGCCGUGCGUCUACACCACAGCUCUCAUGGCGCUGGUGGACAAGGCCGAUUUGAAAUGUGGCCAGUCUGUCCUCAUUCAUGCAGCCUGUGGGGGAGUCGGCCUCGCGGCGAUACAGAUUGCGAAGAUGCUUGGUGCUCAGAUAUACUGCACCGUGGGGAGCGAUGUGAAGCGCAACCAUCUCGCAGCAAACUAUGGGAUUCCACCCUCGCACAUAUUCAACUCGCGGGACUCAUCCUUCCUUCCUAAUGUCUUGCGUGCCACAGAUGGCAGGGGAGUAGACGUCGUACUUAAUUCGCUGUCUGGAGACCUGCUUCAAGCGUCGUGGCAGUGCGUUGCUGAGUUCGGCAUCAUGGUGGAAAUCGGCAAGCGAGACUUCCAACGGCGAGCUAUGCUGGCCAUGGCACCUUUCGAGGCCAACCGCACCUUUACCGGUCUUGAGCUACGCCUGGUCUUGCAGGCACGUCCACACAAGGCCGCCGCUCUCUUGGAGCGCUGUGUAGGAUGGAUACGUGAGGGACGUAUCCGAGGUCCGACCGUCUCCAACACUUUCGAGGCAGUCCAGGUCCAGGACGCCUUGCGGAUGAUGCAGACGGCUAGGCACAUUGGCAAGAUGGUCGUCAGGAUGCCCCGUGAUGCUCGGGAGCUGGAUCGGCCGACGAUGCCAACGCCAUCAUUCCAGUUUCGGUCGGACCGCACCUAUCUGCUGGUAGGAGGUCUUGGUGGACUUGGGCGAGCGCUCGCCACCUGGAUGGUAGAGAAGGGCGCGCGAUCCCUCGUAUUCCUCUCGAGAUCUUGUCAAAAGGGGCCCCAAACUGAUGGCUUCGUCAAAGAGUUGCACUCGCAGGGCUGUCAAGUGUUGCUGGUUAAAGGCAGUGUCAGCAACAAGGCCGACGUCCAAAGAGCUGUGGAUAACGAGGUGACUGCUUCUAGAGCCCUCGCAGGCGUAAUCAACCUGGCCAUGGUCCUGAGGGACGUGGCGUUUGCCGACAUGUCCUUCGCCGACUGGAACACAGCAGUCGAGCCCAGGGUCCGCGGCACGUGGCACUUGCAUGAAGCCAUCUCAGACAUCAACGAGUUGGAAUUCUUCGUCCUCUUGUCGUCUUGCAGUGGAAUUGUCGGCCAGUGGGGCCAGGCCAACUACGCAGCAGCCAACACUUUUCUGGAUGCCUUUGUGCAUUUCCGCCAUGGCCAAGGGCUCGUGGCCUCCGUCAUCGAUCUCGGCGUCAUGGGCGAUGUGGGCUUUGCGUCGCAGAACCACGACCUUCUCGAAAACCUCGGCCGGAUGGGCAUGCGCAUCCUACGGGAGCAGAACCUGCUCGACGCACUCGUUUUGGCUCUGAGGGCAUCUCAGCCGACUCAAGUGGCAACCGGGCAGCUGGGCUCGCAGCCUGGCGAUGCAUGUAUGACAUACCGGAGCCCCGGCCAAGUGCUCUUGGGGCUGAACACCACCGUCCCCAUCUCAUCGCCGCUCAGCCGCGUGCCUUGGCGGCGCGACGCGCGUAUGAGCAUUUACCACAACCUGGAGGUCUUAUCCAACACUGGUGGGAAACAGACAUGUCCUCUGCGCGACUCUCUGCGAGCCACUCUGGCGCCUUUGACGAAUAACGCGGACCGAACCGCCACUAUAGCUUGUGCGCUGACUGCUGCCUUGGCCAAUUUUCUCAUCAAGGAUGAGAACGAUAUCCCGCUGGACCGACCGCUGGAGAAUCUUGGAAUUGACUCACUAGUCGCCAUGGAAGUGCGUAACUGGAUUCGCCAGCAGAUCGGCGUGGAAUUAAGCACCAUUUCCAUUGUACAGAGCCCAUUACUAUUCCACCUAGCCGAGGAUAUUAGAUUGCGUAUGGGGAAAACUUCAUGA